CAGCUGGACAGCGUAGAAGAGGUCGGUUUUGGAUAUUGAAAAUUAGGGGGGAAAAUGAAGGUGGUAACGUGUGAGAUUGCAUGGCACAACAAGGAGCCAGUCUACAGUUUGGACUUUCAGCACAGCUCAGAUGGACGCAUCCAUCGACUGGCCACAGCUGGAGUGGACACCACAGUCAGACUGUGGCGCGUGGACACAGGUCCAGAUGGGAAGGCAGCGGUGGAGUUUCUGUCUAAUCUGGCCAGACAUACCAAGGCUGUCAACGUAGUACGCUUUAGCCCCAAUGAAGAGCUGCUUGCUUCAGGAGGAGAUGAUGCAGCAAUCCUGCUGUGGAAGCUCAAUGACUCGAAGGAGCCUGAGCAGGCCCCUGUGUUCCAGGAAGAUGAUGAUGCUCAGCUCAACAAGGAGAGCUGGUCCGUGGUCAAAACACUAAGGGGGCACAUAGAGGAUGUGUAUGACAUCUGCUGGACACGAGAUGGAAACUUCAUGGUGUCUGGAUCUGUUGACAACACUGCUAUUAUGUGGGACAUCAACAAAGGACAGAAGCUGUGUAUCCUGAAUGACCACAAGAGCUACGUACAGGGUGUGACCUGGGAUCCUCUGGGGCAAUACAUUGCCACUCUCAGCUGUGACAGGGUGAUGCGUGUGUACAGCACUCACACGAAGAAGAAGGCCUUCUGUAUCAGUAAAAUGAGUUCUGGAGGGAAUGCAGAAGGAGAGGUCAAGCAGUACAGAAUGUUCCAUGAUGACAGUAUGAGGUCGUUCUUUCGCCGUCUCUCAUUUACGCCUGAUGGGUCAUUCCUUCUUGCCCCAGCUGGAUGUGUGGAGAUUGGAGAAAACAUCAUAAAUACCACCUACAUCUUUUCCAGGAAGGGUCUAAAGAGGCCAAUCGCCCACUUGCCGUGUCCAUCUAAAGCUACUCUGGCUGUGCGCUGCUGCCCUGUCUACUUUGAACUGAGGACCAAAAAGGGAGAAGACGGUUCUACCCAGGCUCUUCCCAAUGUAUUCCAGUUGCCGUAUCGUAUGGUGUUUGCGGUGGCCUCCGAAGACUCCAUCUUCCUGUACGACACCCAGCAGACCCUUCCGUUCGGCCUCGUGUCCAACAUCCACUAUCACACACUCAGCGAUCUCACAUGGUCUCGGGAUGGUUCCUUCCUGGCUGUGUCCUCCACAGACGGCUACUGCUCCUUCCUGUCCUUCUCUCCAGGGGAGCUGGGAACUCCUCUGAAGGAGCCGCCCACCUUGGAGGUCUUUGUCCCAAACAGUGGCGUUGAGAAAAAGGGCAAGAAGGCAUCAGCGGCCAAGAGUUCACCUCCCAUGUCCCAGCCAUCCAGCUCGGCCCCGGCUCCCGCAACACAAGCCGGUCAUGGCAAAGACGCCCCCUCUGUCACCCCCCCACAGGAGAAGAAGAACACCCCCACUGCUAAAGCUAAACUUCACCCCCGUAGGAUCACCCUCAACACCCUGGAGGGUUGGGGGAAGCCCACUACCCCUAAAGCCACAGCUUCUUCAGCGCCUCAGACCCCAACAUCUGGGAGCAGAAGUGCACCGUCCACUCCCCAACCACGUGUCGCUCCAUUAACCCCCACCAACUCAGCCACCGCCCAGCCUCGCACCAAUUCCCCCACUCCCUCCACACCAAAAGUCCUCAAAGGUGCGAAGACUGCUGGAGCCACCACGCCGAAGGGACCCACCCCAAGGAGGGUAUCUCUGACUCCCGUCGCAACCCGAUCUCCAGCUGUUAGUUCACUUUUUGGCACUUCCUCUUCGAUCGAUAAGGCAAAACAUGAGCGUCCUUCUCCUCCCACUGAUCCCGUGUGCCAGCCUCCAGAGUCCAAACGGUCCAAGACCAGUGACCCCCCAGGAAAGAGCAGUGUCACCCAGGAUUAGCGUUCACUGGAGUCAGACUCGAGUGCAUGCAGCAGAGGGUGGCAGAUAAAGACGCUUCAGUAUAAAACCACUGAGGCUCCCCGUGGAUGUUACACCAUAGUGGAAUAGCACUGUGUCUGCUCUCAUAUUGUCUGUACUUGAUCUCAUUAGACGAUGCUUUACAGUUCACUUAAAGUACUCUGUUGGACUCCAGUGAGUAUUUUGGAAGUAAUUAUUUUUGUAGUCAUGUGUGUUUUAUAUCAUACAGUAAACUGGUAAUUAGGUAAUUGUAUUAUAUUUGAUUUGUGUGGCAUUUAGAAGUUUAAGUGUUGUUGUAAAGAGGAACAUAGUCUCACUUCUUUUCAAGAACACGUGAUUGUGAAGAUAUAACCGAACCACAAAGUGACCUAAAGAAGACAAAAAACAAGCACUUCAAGAGUUUGUGCCUUGUGUUAGCUUUGACUGUACAACCUGAGUCUUACUUGCUGAAGACUGUUCAAGGUAAAAACUCCAAUUUUCAAGCAUUUAAGUGUCAUUUUUCUUUUUGUCUAAUAAAGAGCGUUUCAUAUCGAGUGCAACUUGAA